CCCAGAGUAAGACGCUGCAACCUGGCAUUAUAGCCUCUAGUGUUUAGAACUCACAAGGUGGUCCACUCUCAGCGCCAUGCUGCUUAACCCAGUCACUGAUGGAUGACGUGCGGCCCGGCUGGGUGUCCUAAUUCCCGAGCUCCAUACAGUACUCUUUCUCUGAUUCUGCCCAGAACCAUGAAUGAGGAAGGUAUGAAAGCUACUACUAUCACUAUUCGGGAAAAUGUAUCCAGCUAACUGGGUUACUGGAUAUCACGGUUGGGCCCAUUAUAUAUAUGUAUAUAUAUAUUAGUAAUUAGAAUCUUCACUCAGUGUUACAGAAUCCCAGGAGUUCUAAUAAUGUAUGCAUUCCAUGUCACUGUGUCUGGGAUGAUGACACGUGUAAUUAUAAAGUGACAUGAUGUCAUCCCACCAUAUGAUCUUACUGUAACACUUUCUAUGAUGGUACAUUCAUUUGGCAUUGCCUCAGAUUGUAAUAUCAACAUUUAUACAUUGCUAUUGGGAAUUUAGAAAAAUGAAUAGAUUAUAGAUUUGUUAUAUGCAUAUGUAUCCCAAAUAUGAUUGCAGAUAGAAUUAAAUAUAUAUGCUAUAGAUUUAUUAUAGCGAUUAGGGUACUGUGAACCCAAACAAUGCCGUAUAUAAAAAAAAUAGUCAAAAACACAGGACUCCAGAUCAUGAUCAUUUGCUUUUCAAUAAACGCUUUCUAUUAUACAAGAUUUAGGGGUUUAUUCAUUAUUCAGUUGCUGUCACAUAAGUUGGAUGUUGAGCAAGGAAUUUCACAUUCUAAGUCAUCCAGAAUAUUUCCUCAACUCUUUGUUUUUUCUGUCUUGGCUGAUUUUGUCUAAAAUUUUAAAAUCACCGGUCAGUUCCCUACAACUCGUGGUUAAGUGAAUUAACUUGCUUGUGAUUUACAGGGUUGCUGACCAAACCAGGAAUUGACCUAGAAAGUUUCAUUAUAAAGCUAAAAUAACUAUAUUAAUAAAACAUCUUAAUUUUAGUAAUUCUUUCAACUCUGUUGCUCAAGCCCCAAUCUUCAAUUAUCUUGUCAAUUCUCACUUCCCAAUCUAGUGAAUAAAUACAUGCAUGUGUCUAUAUGUAUAUAUCUCUUUUUCUGUUUAAUCCUAUGAUGUUUCCUUCUCAUCAACUCUGCAGAAUCUCACCAGGAUUUCCAGCACACAAUCUUAGCUAAUUUAACUGCCCUGGUCUCUGUCUCCUUCAUCCAGCUUCCUCCUCCCCACUGUGUUUGUCCUCUGCUCUAAAAUUUAGCAGUAGCCUUACCUACUAUGGGGACUGUGCCAAUUAUGCAACAAAGUGUGAAGCAUUAAGAACGUAAAGUGAUUUUUUUUUUUUUUAUGUUUUAGACCAAAAUGUUGAAAUUUGGAAAAGUUAUGGAUAUUUUCAUGUUAAAAUAUUUUGUGACAGAAAAAGUCCAGCACGUGUGCUGUAAUUGGUUCUUUAAUUACAACAAAGUGGCCACUGGCUGGCAGAGUAUUAUUGGAGGCGUAGAUUAACAACAUAGGCCACAGUUAAACUUCCAUGAGUUAUUACAAUCUUACUGGACUAGUAUUUCUUUAUGUACUUUCGGGAAUUGGCGUUAUCCCUGCCGCAGGCACCCAGUUUGUGUUUCUCCACAAAAUGCAGUAAUUUGUUGUGUUAUAAAAAUUUCCUGACACACAUACAUUUUAUAUUUUGUUAGCCGUCCUUGAGUAUUUUAAGGUUCAGCUAAGAGAAGAUCCCAAUGUAGCUACUGCCGUGGCAGCCAUCAGAACGUUACUGGAAUUCCUCAAGAAAGACAAAGGUACAUUUUAAGUAAACUACAGCUCUCCUGCUGCUAUGUAUGACUUUUCAUAGACAAUUCCACCCAGUGUGGGCUAUGGGUAGACAAACAUUCAAACAAAGUACACCAUGUCUUCUUAUAUUAUCUUCAGGGUCUAUCUAUAGGGAUAUAUUUGGGGUAUUAUUAGUGGCUUUGUAAAUUUUUGUUUUUUAUUGUUAUUUUGUGCAGCUAAUUAGAGAAAAACAUGUUGGCUUGUGAGGGAUCUAUUAAAUUGUACUAUACUUAUUAAGAACCUCUUGUAGUAGCUUUUAAAAGAAAUGCAAAACAUAUGUAGCUUUACUGCCCUAAAGAAAGUCCAGUCAAAAAAUAUCUUCUCGCUAAGAAGGAUGGCAAUGAGACGUUUCCUAAACAUGGAAUCCCCUAAUGAUGGGAGAGGAACACUGUAGAUUCACUAAAUCCUGGGUUUGGGGAUCUUAAUUAGACCCCCGUAAAACGUACUUGGUUCUUGCUUACUGCUACAGCAUUAAACCAUUUUUUUAUUUUUUUGCAGGUGGAACUAUUCAAGGCCUAAUAGGAAGUCUAAAAGAUGCAAUUCAAACCCUCUCUAAAGUGGAUUCCUCUGUCUCUGUUUCUUCCGGAGGAGAACUCUUUCUCAGGUUCAUUACCCUCACUGGAGCUGGAGAGUUGGAGAACUCUGUAAGUCCACAGAUUGCGUGAGUAUGAUUAAUAUAUAGGCAGUGAUGGAGUUCUCUUGUCUACAAGGAUGUCAGUCUCUGAUCAGCUGCCACUAUGGCACGAAACACCUUAGUGUUGUAAUUGAGCUCCUGUACUCGACCAGAGUAUCUCCGUUAGUUUCCCUCCUUUUUGCUGCUCGCAUGUUCAGAGUGAGUUUACCAAGCACAGCCGUGUUCCCAAGCACCUGUUGAAACUUGAUGAAGGGUAAAACAAGCACACUUUAUUGGGACACAAACACAUAUUUACCCUGUCUCAAAUGUGUAUUCAACCUGCACGGAGUGAUUUACCAGAAUAAAAGAAUAAUUCCUCAAUCUCCCCGCAGCCCUCAGAUAAGUCCUUUCAGAGCUGUAGUAAGGGGAAAGUGGGACCCUCAAAUCCCCCUGAUGGUAGAGCCUUAUAACCAACAGUAUUCCCAAAUAACUCAUCCCCUCUGCCACCUGCUGUCCAUAAAGCACCCUGAUUUGUACUUAUGGUGUUCGAUCACAACCCAAUUAAAUAUUGUCCGGACUGCAGCUGUUCUCCAAUUCCAUGUAUAGUUCUAUGCAGUCAACCUGUGGGGGUAUUGUGGCAACCAGGUGGCCAGUAUCAGGGGCACUUUACCAAACUGUGCCUAGUAGGCAAGAACUGGUUUUUAGUCACAGAAAAAGUUUCCUCUGUGACAAACGUCAUCGAUCCAAUGGUCCACCUUAUUUGUGCAAGGAGAAACUGUACAAAAUAAAGGUAUUUUUCUUUUCAUAAUGGCUAUGAAAGCUUUUUUUUUUUCUUUAUACAAAGCCUAGCCUCUACCUUGAAUUGCCAGGGACAUAACAAAAAAUUGAUAAUGGUUAGAGCAAAAACGUAAAAAAAACCUAUUAAAAACUAUCCCGAUACCGAUUGUAAAUCGUAUAAAACCAUCCCCUUAUCAGGUGUAAACAAACAUAUCUUUUCUAAUCCAUUACCUUACCAGUCCUUAGCCAUCAAGCUAUUCAGACCCAUUGGAUGAUGUUGAGAUAAUGAACACCAUUUUCAUGUAUUCUUUUUGUAUUUUCCACUCAGGAUUAUGCAAAAUGUAAAAACACGAUGAGUGAAAGAGGGGAGCUGUUUUUAAAGAGGAUUUCACAGUCCAGAAGUAAGAUCACAAAGCUUUGCUGUCCGUUCAUAAAGGAUGGAGCUGUAAGUAGUUUUCAUGUUUGUGUAGUAAAAGUUAAAACAAGUUAUAACUUGUUUGUCAUUUAUAUGUUUGAUUGGAAACAUCACACAAUGCUUUGUAGCUUCCUCAAUUUUUAUUUAUUUAACAAAAUAUAUAUAUAUAUAUAUAUAUAUAUAUAUAUAUAUACAUACACUUUCCUGGCAUAUAGCGGCAGUGCCUGCAGGGUGUUCUACUUUGUGGUGUACGAGCAACUUCUGUAAUUACAGAGAUGAAUCAAUGCAUGUUUAUGGGGAGCGUCCAUGGAGAUGCUCAACGUCCGUGCUGCAUGCUGUGCGCACUAACACAGGAAGCACCGCUAGUGGCCGUUUGAGUGACUGCCACUAGAGGUGUUACUAGGCAGCAAUGUAAAUACCGCCUGUCCUCUGAAUAGGCAGUGUUUACAUUGAAAAGCCUGCAAGUACAGGCUAUAGACACCAGAACCACUACAUUAAGCUGUAGUGGUUUUGGUGAAUUUAGUGUCCCUUUAAAUUAGGAGAGGUACUCCCUCCAUACAAAGAAAAACAAUUUAUGGUAAGUAAAUUGUCUGUUUUUCUUUUUAACACUAUAAUAAAAAAAUAUGAAAACCAAGGAAUAAAUACAGAAGGUGAAGGAUGUAGUUCUCUGUAAAAUGAAUGGAAUUAAAUGCUGUCCGCUAACUUGGAAAGGAUGUAAUGAACCAUCAUGCAGGCUACAACCAGCAGUGUGGAUGUGCUUCAGAAGGAAUGUAGGCAUUCUGCAGAGUUGGAGUAGUGGUGUUUGGGAUAUGUAGUAAGAACAUAAAAUAUAUGCCAACAGUUCCAUUAUACUUUUUGUAACUUUUUUCAUUUUCUUUAUUUUUGCUUUGAUCCAUGUUCUUUAUGCUGACCAUUGGUUGCUACUAAUUUAUCUCACUGCACUUUAUUGUCCAACAAAAAAGACGAACAAAUACUUCAUAGCGGAAUCAGAGGAGAACACUAAGAAGGAGGGCAAGUUGCCGUAUGGAUUGGGGAUGCAGGAUGGAUCGUUUCACUUGAAUUAGUUCAUAAGUUUUUUUGUAAUCUAAUUGUUCCACUCAACUCAAUAUUGAUAAUGUGUUGAGUUGACUUUGCAGUUGCGCUAUUCAGUCCAUUUGUAGAAUUUCUAAAAUUAUGUUAAAGUCAAACAAAUAUGUGCAGAAAAUGAUGUUAUUGUCUGCAUUAACUAAGACAACUACAAAGCAGAAUUUAUUUAGUGCUUAAUAAUCUGCUUUUACUUUGGCUUCAGUGUACCUACUAAAUUAUAUUCACAAACUAUCUAAAGCAAUAUGCUUUGAUAUCUAACCAUUAGGUUAGAGUAUCCCUUCCCUGUCACCAGUGCAUCAUUGCAGGACCCUGAGAGGAUAGGUCCGACAAACAGCAAUGAUCUAAUUUUGAUGGAUAAACUUUCCAAUUGAUGUUAAAGUUUUUGAUAAUUUAAAAAAAAUAGUUUUUUUUUUCUGUUAAGUAUUAAAAUUUGUGAUGUCCCGAACGAUUCGCGAACGGUUCGCCGCGGACUCCUCAUUGAGUAAACUUUGACCCUGUACCUCACAGUCAGCAGACACAUUCCAGCCAAUCAGCAGCAGACCCUCCCACCUCCUGGACAGCAUCCAUUUUACAUUCAUUGUGAAGCUGCAUUCUUAGUGAGCUGUCCAGGAGGUGGGAGGGUCUGCUGCUGAUUGGCUGGAAUGUGUCUGCUGACUGUGAGGUACAGGGUCAAAGUUUACUCAAUGAUGAGUCCGCGGCAAACCGCUCACGAACCGUUCGGGACAUCACUAAUUAAAAUAUUUUUGAUAACAUUAAAUCAUUUAAAAAGUUUAUCCAAAAAUAUUAAAUCAUCUAGAAAGCUUACUCAACAAUAAUAAAUUAAGGCUUAGGUUAUGACCUGCCAAAAGGACAGUGUAGCAGACUAAUUCAAAUUAUGGCCAAAGCUCCAUUCUGAAUGAGGAUCUUGAAGCUCUCAAUCCGCUGUAACUGUAGUGUCAGGUGAUCAUUUCACAGAAGAAAAUGUUGUACAAGUGUUGAGGUAAGGACCAGCUUCUAGUAAGUGAACUGUGUAUUCAUACCUGGCGAUGGCUUUUGACAUCAUUGCACUGAGAAUGUGCAACAGCAAGCAUAGCACAGUGACCUUCAGUUGGGUAAGCACUGGGUCAAUUUAUAGAUCACUUAAAAUAGCAGCUCUUUGUGAUGAAAUGUGAAUAGGUUGCAGCAGAAAAUGAAAACUAUGUACAUGCGUAAAACGCUAACAUAGGUUCAAACACAAACAUUUACCUAAAGAAGAAGGGGGGAAAAAACUUCUAUGCUCCAUUCUGGCACUAUAAAGACUAAUUGCAAGGCAAGAUUAUUAUAGCAGUGCCCGACAGUAUGUAAAAGUAAUCUGUAUCCAGGAAAACAUUGUGGAUCUGUUACAGGCUGAGUAUCAUAAUGUAGCUGCUAAUGAAUUCUCUUUUUUUCCUGUUUUUUUACAGAAAAUCUUGACCCACGCUUACUCCAGGGUGGUCUUAAAGGUGUUGGAAGAAGCUGCCGAAGCAAACAAACGUUUCAGUGUCUAUGUCACUGAGUCACAGCCAGACCAUGCUGGGUGAGUAAGGCUUUUCAAAUACGGUUUUAAGCCAUGUGGAGAAUCACUAACAAAAACAUGUUUGUUUUUUAAUUUUCUGUUGUUGUAAAGCAUACUUGGCUUGUGUGCUUCCUUGCAGUAUUUCCUAUGCAUGAUCAUUCCAGAAUCCCCCCACUGUUUGGUACUCUCUGUGUACCAGCUACCAUCAGGUUAGGGACGGUUUGCACCGUUUUGAAAUGUAUUCUGUCAAUACAAAGUCUGAAAGAUAUUUUACUGUAAUACUAGUAGGUCCUACCUUUCUUACUAAGCAUGCUGUAUUUAGCCAGACUUUACAAAUAUAAUCUGCUUAAAAAAAACCCAGCAGAAUUUCGCUAAUCAGCAGGAAUUGGAUUGGUAAAAAUGAUAGAAUUUCCUUGAUAUAACCAUGUGCAGUAGCAUUGGCAGCAUCAGCAUUGAGGCUAAUGCAUGCUUACCCAUCACUACUGUGUAUUGCUCAAUGCUUGUUUUAUUGGAAGGGCCGAAAUAAUACUCUUUUCUGUAAUCAUCUCUCAAGCUUGAAUCGUCUAUGGCUGUUCCAGGUGAACUGUAUGAAACUUAUAAAGCAGCUGAUAUGUUAUUGCUGUAUAGUUAUGUGACACAGACCAUGAAAUACGCAUUGAUGAGACUUAAUUGCUAUACCAUUUUGUUUCUUUUUAUUAAUUUGUAUUAUUUUGUGUUAGAUCAUGUGUUUUCACAACCCUCUUAGGAGCCUCUAUCCACUAAUCUGGGUGGUGUUUUGUAAGUGGGUUCUUAUAUACUGAGCCACAACAGGCUCUUUCUCACAGUUUGUAGUUAUUUACACUGCAGUAGUAGAGGUAUAUAAAACAUCACAGAUUGAAUUGUAUAUCUCUCGCAAUUAUUAUUAACAGGAAGGUUGUCUGAACAUUUUUAGGGAAAGAACAAACAUUGUAUAAACGAUUUACAGCCAUCACCUUUUUAAUGCAAAUAUUAGAGGAUUUGCGGGAAUCUCUGUAUAUCCUGGUAAAAAAAAAAAUUUUUUUUUUUUUUUUUAAAUGUUACAAGGAAAAAUAUGGCAGAAGCUCUGAGAAAAAUGAAGGUCCCAGUAACUGUGAUUCUGGAUGCUGCUGUAGGGUGAGUGAUGUCUAAUUCACUACAUUUACUGGAGACUUGGAAAGUUCCACAUUCUAAUUUUGAAAAUUCUGUUCAACAGUUAUAUAAUGGAGAAAGUAGACCUGGUAAUCGUGGGAGCUGAAGGAGUUGUGGAAAGUGGGGGAAUCAUUAAUAAGGUAAUAUCUUAAACAAAGAAUUCAUAUAUGAUAUAUAUUUAGUAUGUCUUGGAAUGCUCAGCAUAAUGUGCAUUAUUUGAAAGAGGGCACAGAAAAUAUAUAUAAUAUUGAAUUAAUUGUUUUGUUUCUUUCCAGAUUGGUACUAAUCAGAUGGCAGUAUGUGCCAAGGCUCAGAAUAAACCUUUUUACGUAGUGGCAGAAAGCUUUAAAUUUGUCAGACUUUUCCCUCUCAACCAAAGAGAUGUUCCAGACAGGUUUAAGGUGAGUUAUACUAUGUAAAAAUUAACCCAAUUACUGCAUAUCUUGUAGCACUCUGUCCUUUAAAGAUUACAUAUAGAUACAUAGCUGAAAAGAGAACUUCUGUCCAUCAAGUUCAGCCUUCCUCACACAUGUUGUUGCUGUUGAUCUAAAAGAAGGCAAAAAACCCAGUCUGAAGCGCUUCAAAUUUUAUAUCCCUGUAUGUUAUGAUUUUGCAAGUAUUUAUCCAAUUGCUGUUUAAAUAUCUGUAUGGACUCUGAUAAAACCACCUCUUCAGGCAGAGAAUUCCAUAUCCAUAUUGCUCUUACUGUAAAAAAACAACUUUUAUUUGCCUGAGAUGAAAUCUGCUUUCUUCCAGCCUAAAUGUGUGACCUCGUGUCCUAUGUAUAGCCCUGUUUAUGAAUAGAUUUCCAGAUAAAAGUUUGUACUGGCCCUGAAUAUAUUUGUAUAAAGUUAUAUCCCCUCUCAGGUGCCGUUUUUCCAAACUAAACAUUUAAAUUUAACCUUUAACGUAACUAAAAUGCUCCAUUCCUUUUAUCAAUUUUGUAGCUCGUCUCAGCACUUUUUCUAGUGCCAUGAUAUUUCUUUAGAACAGGUGCCUAAGAUCCUACUUAAAAACGUAAGACUGAAGGAUUGUUUAGAGCUGCUAAUAUUAAACAGGACUAGUCACGUCCUUAGCACUAAUUAGUUUAUAAUUCUAAAAAUGUUAUCUGUCCCAUAAGAGACUGUCAAACCUUUAAAUAGGGUGUCAGUCACACACAAAAUUAGAUUACACGAACAAAUGGAAAAAGAUAAACCAUCAGACAACGUAUCACUGUUUUUUGCAUUUUAUUGAAGACAAAGCAGUGUAUAUUUUAAAAAGCUGCUUAUGGUAUCUUCAGAAAGAAUUACUAUCAGCACCCACCAAUCUAAGCAUUAGCCUGAUUGGAAAAAAGGGGUAUUACAUUAGAAGGCUAAAUUGUUGGCCUCUGUAUAGAAAUUCCACGUAUGACAAUUACCUAUACGCUGUCUAAUACGUACUUAAAGGGAAGCUAUAGUGCCAGAAAAAAAAGUUUGUUUUCCUGGCACUAUUGUGCCUCCCCUCCCUCAUUUGUCCUGGCAGCUGUGAUCUGUAAGCCUGUUCAGCCUCUAAGGUGACCGGCUGCCUGGCCGCUCAUGGAGAGCUAAGGGAGGCGGGCAGUUGAUUACGGAGCCAUCACCUGCGUGCUCUGCUCCCUUGCCCUCCAGAGAUGCCAGGAACUGGAAUGACGUCACCCUAUCAUUAUUAAACAGUGCUCUAUAGAGCAGAGCAGGCAGAUGACAGGAGCCCCACUGGACCCCAGCACUCCAAAAGGUAUGGAGACUGGGUGAAACCUUAAAAUAAUACAAAUAGUUUGAGUGAGUGUAUGUGUGUAUAAAUGCAUCCCUAAAGGGGGGUUUAAUGUAGGUGCUACACACUGCAGCCCUGACCAAGGAAGCACCUCUAGUGACUGCCACUAGAGCUGUUACUAGGCAGCAAUGUAGACAUAACCUUUUAUCCGAAAAGACAAUGUUUACAUUGAAAGGCGUGCAGGGACAGGAUAUAGACUUCAGAAUAACUACAUUAAGCUGUAGUGGCUCUGGUGAAUAUGGUGUGCCUUUAAAAAAUGUUUUUAGGUGGGUCCUAAAGUCCAAGCAAAUUUGUCAAGCCCUGGCUUAACGCAGGAGUUUUUAAAAUAUAUUUACUUCUAAACAGUGUAGUAGAACUCAUUCUGCCCGGAAAAGCAUUUUAGAACAUUAAUUUACUAAUGGUGCGCUUAGGCAUGGUAUCUCUAUAGCUAAAUAAAGGUGUUAUCACCAUGCACGGAUAAUUCUCCUGACUUCAAAACCGAACCCUUACAAAACUGCACUAAUCCCUAAAUGUAUCUUUUCUUUUUCAGUAUAAAGCAGACACACAACAGCAGAACAAGGAUCUUGUAGAGGAACAUCCUUGGAUCGAUUACACCUCCCCAUCUCUAAUUACAUUACUUUUCACAGACCUUGGGGUCCUGACUCCCUCUGCAAUCAGUGAUGAGCUUAUCAAACUCUAUCUAUAAUAUUAUAAAUAAAAUCUGUUCGUAAUAUAUACCAGUGUUUGGAAUUAUUGGGACAACAUUACUUUUAAAUUUUAAUGUUUUUAUUUUGAGAGAACAUUAUAGCAAAGUUGUUUUAAAGGCUGCUUUAGUGGUUAUGAUGGUGGGAGUACCUUGGUGCUAUUCCCCUGUACUGGAGCAAAAAAAAAAAAAACAUUUAAACAGUUUGCCCCCUUUACCUGAAUUCCCCCCCAAGCACCAGCUCUCAUCCACAGUUGGCAUCUUCAGAGCUGAAGCAGCCACAUGCAAAUUCUGCUGCUCAUUCAUAGUCAGAGCGUCAACUGACACAAAUUACAUUUUGUGCAUAGAAAUAUGCACAGAAGUGACAUCAACAAGCCUGGAACACUUGUUCUGGGCUGGCUUAUGAUGCCCCAGUGUCUCUGCAGGAGGUGGAGUUACAGCUCUAGCAGCAAAGCAUUUCAUAACCAAACACUGCACGUACAGACCAAGUACCAUGACCAUUUCGUAUGGUUUUGGAGUAACUACCUCUCCUGUACAGAUAUUUUGUACUUACCCCUUCAGGACUAGAUUUGGUUAUCACAUCUAAUCUUGACACUCAAAAUUGGUCCUUUGGUCCUGAAGGGGUUACAACGAUUACAAAGGUCAAAUUUUUGGAGGGGGGUUUAGAUAAACUGGAUAUUAGAUGACUUUUCACAUGAAGAGCAAAAUAGAAAGUUUGUGAUAGUAUUUAAAAUCAUGUUCACCAUUAUGCCAAUAAAUAAGUCCUGGUUUAUGUACAUUAAGAGGAUAGAAAAAGAUAUGCAUGUGAAUGUUAUUUUUCCAAUCCAACAUCUAAAAAUCACAAAAAUUGAUUGCAAAAAUAUUUACUGUACAUAGGAGGUGAUUAGGUUGGCAUGGACACGGUUCUCUACUCUAUCCAAAAAUGUAAGGAACACAAUUCGACUUCUCAGAUUUACGACUCCUGUGAAUUUAAAGGGUCACAGAUGUCCUUUUCACAUUUCCCAAUAGCUAAACACCUUGAAGUGACUGAUCACAAUGAGUUCAAGUGAAUGCAUUCAGUCAGAAGGUUCAUCUUCUAAAGCCUUUUUAUCUGAGGUGGAGAACUCCUUUUCAAACUCUUCUUUUGUGAUUUUACCCUUCUUCAGCCGCUUUAAUAAUCUGGUGUCUUGGAGCAGGUCAUUCACAUCCUCAUCAUCUAUAUCCGAUCCCU